AUGGCGCCUUCACCACCAGCAACUACAGAUGGAUCAAAAACCUGGUCUCCCUCGCAUCUCUUGGACCCCUCGUCAGCGGAAAUCUGGUCGAAAAUCCACGCUCAUCUAAACGCCAAUGAAUUCAAAGCCGCCAUCACGUCUGCGUUCGAACUACCCGCAGGUGACAGCUUCACGUACCACGCCUCAGCAAGUGUCAACUUGUCGCAAGUCGAAGCGGCGAUUCACGCUGGACGAGCGAACGGAUUACAUGCCUGGUACGUCGAGCCCGUUACGCCCUCUGAAACUGGAGACAACGAAGACAAAACCGUCUCAAUCCGGAACCAGCCAUCAUUACGAAUAUCGGGAUAUCCUCCCACAAACGAUAUUCAAGCGUACAUUUCAGUAUUCGACCCGACCAAAUCAGUGGCCCACAGCCUGAAAUCUCUGUCUGCGAACGCGAAGAAGGGUUCCAUCCGCGCCACUGUCGCGGGGUAUCUUCUUAGUAAACGCCACCUGGACCCGUGGAUAACUGUGCCCAAGUUGAAAAUUUCUACGCCCAAACCUCGGCCAUCGACCUCUCGGGACAGAGGUGGUCCUGAUGAAAACAAUAACGAAACCCGAAUGGUGCCAGCACCGGUUCAAGGCCAUGAGAACCCAGCCCUGGACUUCUGGGCCUACGCGUGCCACAUCCUCGAUUACGCCGGCCCCAACGGCAACACUGCCCUGGUGACGCUAUCCCACCACAUGCUACCUGUGUACAUGCACCAUUUCGGCUGCGUGGCGCCGUCAUGGGAAUCCCUACAGGUCAUCGUGAAGCUCGCAUCGGGCCGCAGCGUGCUGGACAUGGGAAGCGGCAAUGGGUACUGGAGCUUGAUGCUAAGACGGCUCGGGCUCAACGUCAUCGCCGUCGACAGCGGCCAGAGCCGGUGGCGCACGACAUGGAUCGCCGACACCAUCGUAACGGACGGAAUACAGUACCUGCGCAAACGCGGUGGGUGUCCUUCCGUCGUGCUGCUGCUUGUAUAUCCGAUUGUCGGAGGCGGAUUUACGCGCAAAGUCCUCGAUGCAUACACGGGCAACGUUGUCUGCGUGGCAGGUACUCAGAAUGGGAAUGGUUACACGGGUUUCAAGGAUAUGAUGGUCGACGAAUACCUGAUGACGCAGAAGCAAGGGUGGGAGAAAGUCUGCCAGGUUCCGCUACCUAGUUUUGCGGGAAAGGAUGAUGCGCUGUUCGCUUUUCGCCGGAAACCAGAGUCGGAUAAAUCGUGA